UGUGGGACAUAACAGACUGUGGUGAAGUCUGAAAUGCAGCAAUGGGAAGUGUUUUCUAAGAUGAGUUCCUUCAUGACCUCCCUUCAUUGAAGACAGCUUUUGGUUAUAGUUAACAUGACUGAGUGGAGCACACAACACUUGAAAGUGAUUCUUAUCGGGAACUCAGGAGUGGGAAAAUCUUCAUUCAUGACACGGUUUGUUGACCAUCGUUUUACUAAUUUGUACCGUGCCACCAUCGGGUUAGAUUUCCUUACUAAAGAAAUCACCAUUGAUAAAAGAUCAGCAAUUCUUCAGAUCUGGGACACUGCAGGCACGGAGAGGUUCCAAUCUCUGGGCACCACACUGUAUCGUGGAGCUCACUGCUGCCUUCUAGUGUUUGACGUUACAUCAUCCGCUUCCUUUACGGCACUGGAAGGCUGGAAGAAAGAGUUCCUGUUGCAGGCAUGUCCUUCUGACCCCAAAGGAUUCCCUUUCAUAGUGCUUGGCAAUAAAAUUGAUUUGGAAAAUCGUAAGGUGUCACCAAAAGAAGCCCAGCAGUGGUGCAGUGAUAUCGGUGCAGAAUAUUAUGAAUGUAGCGCCAAAGAAGACAUUGACGUGGACAAGACUUUUCACAGUGCAGCGCGAGCUGCUUUGCAGUAUAUAAAUGCAAAAGUGCACAGUGAUGACUUCACCAGGAGGCUGCAGUCCAGAAAUAAUCCUUGUGCAGAUUUUACAUCACUGAACAAACUUUCCACAAGUGAAAAUAUCCUCUCUUGUCUGGAGGACAAGUGCUUCGUUUGUUUCCCCAUUUCCAUUUUCUCCCCCAACCAUGAGAAUGACAUCAAGACUCAUCUCCAUUCAGAAAUCUUAAACCUAUCUAAAACCACCCUGAAGUCCAUCACAGGAAAGAGAGUAACUUCAGUUGAACGAAGAAAACUGAACAAACAUUGA